AUGCAGCUGCCGCAGCAGCGGCAGCAGCAACAGCAUAUACAGCAGCAGCAGCAGCAGCAGAAGCAGCAAGAGGCGGAGGCGGAGAAGCAGCAGCAUCACCAGGGGGAGCAGCAGCAGCAGCAGCAACAGCAGCAGCAAGGACAGCACGGACAGCAAGAGCAGCAGCACCCCGCGAGAGCAGCAGCAGCACUAGCAGCAACACCAGCACCCGCAGCAGCACCAGUGCCAGCAGCAGCAGCAGCAGCAGCAGCAGCGAGUGUUUGCUGCAGCGGGGAGUGCUGCUGCGGGGUGCAGCGGCUGCUGCUGGUUGUUGCUGCUCACUUGGCAGCAGCAAUGAGGGUCCAGAUAUUUGUGUCUUUAGGAUUAACAACAACAGGAGGAAUUUGCUGCAACAAGAGCCUCGCCAAAGCAGCAGCAAAAGAGCACAAGCCGCAGCAGCAAACUUUGCUGCUCACAGAAAACAAGAGACACUUUUUGCUUAAUAAACGCCUAAUACAGAUCCCCGGAAUCGGCCCUGAAGGGAACCUUCAAACGCAGGAGCCGCUCCUUCGCAUUGCCCCCACCCGUGCGUUGGCCCCCCCGGGGCCCGGGGGGGCCCCGGGGCCCCGGGGGCCCCCGGGGGCCCCCUAG